CUAUUCAUGCUGCUACUCCCAUCCUUGCUGUUGCACAACUCCGUCGGCUCGCUCCGUUGCUCGUGAUCACCGCCAUACACACACAAGAUCUUCACAGUCAAACUCAUCCAGCACCGUCACCAUCUCAUCUUCCGCCGUCGGUCUGCUCAGCAUUCUCAUCCGCAAGCACAGAUCAGAGUCUUUUAUUCUUCCGCGACCUCUUCUCUUUCAGCAUCGAAAACUAGCACAGCACUGCACGCAUAGCAAUAGCAUAAGACCUCGUAACUACGGCUGCCGGCCAGCAACAAACAUGACUCGCUCGACAAGAAACUCAAAGCAGUGUUCGGCAACGACGACGUCUGCGCCUCUCCAGCCUCUCCGAACCGUACACCGUCAGCCUCGCUCUGUCCAGCUGUCAGGCAACACCAAGCAGCCUCAUUCUCGAUCGGCAGCCGCACUUGAUAGCAGCAGUAGCCGCAAUCGUUAUGCUGAGCUUAUGGCUGCGGACGCCACGCAAGGCUCCCCGACCAAAUCGACAAACCUUAAAGGUAGCAAGACCGCUUCUCCUCGAGAAGCAAAGGCGGGUCGCAGGACUGUCGUACCCAAGAAAAAGGAGCGAGAGAUGAACAAGCCCAAGCGUAGCGAGAAGCGCACUCGUUGGAGGCCUACUCAACCUCCUGCUGCGACAGACGUCAAGCGAACCGACUCUAUGUCGAGCAUCAGCAGUAGCAGCGGUGACGAAGGGUGCACCCAAGACGUCAAGCCACUCAAUUGGCAGCAGCAGUCGUUGCUGAGUCGGCGACACUCCUUUCGCCGUGAGCCCAUGCCAGAGUGGGCCAAUGAGAAGACCAGUGAGCCUGCGCUGGAAAGGAGGAAGAAGAACAUGCACCGACGGUGCGGCUCUGUCGAGGAAACAAAAAGGUCCUCCGACACCCUGUUGCCGCCCCUGCGCUACAGUGUGGACGAUCAGAGUGUAACAUCCAAGAGCGCCUGGCGCCUCGUUUUUGGAGACUUGCCCAAAGGGGCCCAGAAGACCAAUAGCGACACCACCAAGGCCAAGACAGGCGUCGACUGGGCCGCAACAAGGAGGCGAUCGACCACGGACAUGCCUCCAUGGUACGCACCCAACCGCAAGGACGGCAAAAUCAUAGUUAAGCUUGGAAGAGGAGCUGGAGAAUCAUUUUCCUCCAGUAAGACUUCCUCCUUCUCCGCUCUGCCUGCCAGGGCCGAUUCGCAACCGUCAUCUCAAUCAACCCAAUCGCCAGAGGCAAGCGUCUCGGAGGUUCUGGAUGCUGCUACUUCCUCACUUGGUAUUGGAGAGGGUCUUGCAAGCAUUUAUGCCGGUCCGACCUUCUCUGCCGCUGCGCCUGAGCCGACGACGCUGCCUACUCCUCGAUUCGCAACGAGGAAGUCUAGGCCAGUACUUACUCACUGAGGCAAGAUAGCCCAGCGUCUUCGCAAGCGAAAGGGCCGAAGAGAGCAAAGCAAUGCCAAAGAGCAAUUUCCACAUUGUCUGAGCCUAUUUCCAUCGUCCUUGUCUAAGUCCCCCUUUCCUCUGAGACCGAGAAUGUCUGUCUACCCAAGCAGCCGCUUGUCCAUUGCGGCGGUAUCCAGCUCACCAUCUCGUAUGUCGAUGACCUUUCCCACGUCGGCCUUGACGCUGAAGUUGGAUAAUGCCGACGUGUAGAGCGUCGAUAGCUCCAU